CCAGACACUAGAGAGAAUAGAUAGGCAUCAUGUGUGUGAUCAAUCGCAUCCAUUUCCGGACGGACUCUUGAGACCGAUCGCACUCACAACAGUGCUGUGAAAUGAAUUCCCGGGUCACUCAUUGUCCGUCCGUCCAUCCACGCAGGCACCUUAAAGCUUGCAUUCGCAAGACUGACGGGCACCCACAGCUGAGAGACCGAUGAUCGGCAGGGCAGGGCAGGAAGGCACGCACUUACGGAGGACACACGACACGUCACCUUCAAGCAGGUGCGAUGGCGCGAAAAAUCCUCCCUCCCUCCCUCCCUCUCUGGCUAAGUCAUGCGCACAUACACGCACGUAUCGGGAUCUGCCACCGUUCUCCCCCCCUCCGUCUUGUCGACCGUUGGUUGCGCAAAAGACAAAUAGUGCAAUCACACCAAUGAAGGAGAGAGACAACUGCGUUGUCUUGUCCGGGCGGAGCGGCUCUCUCGCGUCGUCAGUGAGUGAGUAACCCCAGCCCGCCCUCCCUCCCUCUCUCUCUCUCCUCUCCAUCACGCCUUGAUGUUCCUGCCUGUGUACCGCAGCAGCACGCCGUCCGAGCCGAGCACAAAGCCCUGUUUGUUGUCGAAAAACUGAACAAUCGCAGACAGAGAGAGAGAGAGAGAGAUUUGAGAAAAGAAUGAAGGAAUGCCAUUGUGUGGAGUGUGUGAGUGCAGGGUGGGCUGGCUUAGCUUAGCUUAGCUUACUUUGACUCUGUAGAGGUUGCCGGGAAUGCCGUCUGCGGCGUUGUUGAACUUGAAGCUCUUGCCGCCAUCCGUCGACACGUACAUGGUGCCACUCCCACCAACCGCCCACACCUACAACACACACACACACACACACAAAGAGAUCCCUCCACUCGUGCCUGUCUGCCUCCCCUCCCUGCCAGCCUCCCUCCCCACAGGCACCCACCUCAUCGUUGCCCUUCCAGGAUACGUCGAUGAUGCCAUAGCCGCCCGUCUUGAUGUUGACCCUCUCAAAGGUGGGCACAUCCACCUCGAAGUUGGCGUCCCUGGCCACCUGCAGGCCGCCCCCGUUGAGCGACAUCCACACCCCCUUGUUCAGGUCGCCGUCGAUGAAGCCCAUGUUCUGUAUCCGCCGGUUGCUGCCGCGGUUGUGGGGCGUCCAGUAGGGCUGGCCCGGCUUGUAGGACAGCCAGAAGUUGCCACGCGAUCCCACGGCGAGGUAGGUGCCGGAUGCGUCUCGCUGCUGGUUAAUGAUGGAGCCCGUGUAGUAGGAGGCGCCGCUGACGCCCGAGGAGCUGAUGCGGUUGAGGGUGGCGUCGAUGGUCUCCUUGACCUGGGCCUUCCAGUUGAGUCCGCCAUUGUUGGUCGUGUAGAUGGCGCCGCUCGACGUCGUCAUCUCGGCGCUGUUCGGACCUAGAGUGUAGAUCCCAUAGGGCGCACCUGACAGACACACACACACACAGGAGUCUCCCAAUGCAUGGACUGCAGGGACGUUCCUUUCCCUCCCUCCCGUCCCUCACCGGGCAGCUUGGGCGAGAGUCUAAUUCUCUGCCAGGUUUUGGCGCCGUCCGUGGUGUGCAGGAGAAUGGGCGGCUGUCCGAUGAUCCACGCCUCCCCGUCCUUGAAAGACACCUGCUGGAACCGAUAAGAUACCUCUUCCUCCGGGUCCAGCACCGCCAGCGACUUGGGGUUCCACGUCUGGCCGCCAUCCAGCGUCUCGAAAAUCGUCCCCUUGGCGCCCACCAGCAGCCCGUGGCGCGGGUUGGACGCGUCAAAGUCAAUGUCAAAGAGCGUCUCGCGAGAGUCGAUCUUGAUCUGCAGCCACGGCUUGUCCGUGCCCUUGGGCACUUCGAAGCCCAUGCCGCCCACGCCGUUGCCCGCUGUCGGCUCUUCAUCUGCAGACGCGCGCAGAGGUGAGCCGAGCACUGCAGCUGCAGCUGGCAGGACGGCAGAUGCCCCGAGCUGCAGCUGCAGAGCAUCUCUCCGUGAUGCUGAUGUUGACAGAUCAUCCACAGAGGCGUCGAGCUCCGGUGGUUCUUGCGGCAUUUCUGCAUCUUGCCGCCAUGCGUGUGCGUGUGUAUGCCGCCUCCGAAAGGGGUGCCUCUGCUGCUGCUGCUGGUGCUGGCGGCCUCGGGAGAGACUCAGUAGUGGGGAGGGGGAUGAGAGGCCAUGGGCGGGGGAGGCGGGGUGGAAUGCCGGUGUGGGGACGAUGUAGGGCAGAAUACCCAACCAGCACGAGUACAGAAGCUUCAUUUGCAGACCGCACUGUUCCUCCGAGAAAC